AUGUCGCGUUCGACACCAGAAUCAGACGUUCGGCCUUCCUACAGCACAAUCCCUCUGACCGUCAAGUUCGUGAAGAUACAUGCUGCAGCACGACCGGCGGAGCACGCUAUGCCUUUGUUCCUGUACUGGAAUCCCAACGUGCAGCCAAUUAAUGAGGCUUUCCAGAAGGGCUUGUCGUCGAGUCCUUGGGCUAAUGCCCUGACGUACACUGCUCAUGAAGCACACGAGUAUUUCACUCGGCCGGGAUAUGACGAGCUCGAGAACGGCUGGUCAAUCACCGAGAAUGGCACGCUAAUGAUUGCUGUGAGAUCUGAGAUCCCACAAGUCACAGGACAGGCUUACGACUGGUGGUUCUCCUGGCAUUCCGUGGAGACUGCUAGGUACAAGCUCUGGAAUCCAGUAUCACACCAAUACUCGUGGCGAGAGCCGCAAUCCCGUAACUGGACUGGCCUUUCUUACCAGGACCGAUAUAUCAACACAACGUCGUACGUGGACGAGUACGUAGGAAGCAACGCCGCUAAGUUGAGCAUCGGCUUCAUCGAACCAGAAAGCGUUGGAUUCGAUCAGAGCAGAUGGCCAGAGCUUAACAUAGAGACGAUUGUCGUGGGCCAGGUGCUAAUCGGGAAUUAUACCGAGACCGCCUGGGACAGGGAAUCGUAUUCGAUGCAUCAAGUUCGCCGCAUGCCAAAUGGGUAUCGCGAGUUACGGUCUCGCUUCUGGAUUGCAAAGAGUAAUCAUGGGUCUGCUCAGCUCGGCCACGACCUUGCAGUGCACUGUAACAUCGAGAUGACUCGUAAGUAA